AUGGCGCACGAGCCCCGGAGCGACCGACUCUCCCCGGCGGUGGGGUUUGCCGUGUGCAGCCUGGCAGUGACCGUGGCCGUCCUGCUCGUCACCUUCCUACACAGCGGCCAGGUUCAGCAGUCGGACGUUGCUUCCCUCAGAGAGCGGCUUGCCUCGGUGGAAAAGGAACUGGUUUACUGGAGAGAGAAGAGUCAGUCACUUCUGGAGCGUGUGACGGUGGUGGAGACAAAGAUGCAAGACGGGUUCUGGAUGGGACAAACUUCGGCACCCGACACAGAGAUACCCUUCACAAAUUUGCAUAUUUCCCCGAAGGCGGACUCAUUGUUGACGCCCGGAGGCCCGAAGACGUCCGACAGCGGUGCGACCGGAGCCGAGAAGGACAAAGACGUGCCCAGAAUCAGGUCAAAGAGGCAAGCCGCCAGCGUAAACACUGUCAGGUUGCCAAUAUCGGGAUGUAUGCAGGGACCACCCGGCCCCCCAGGGGCUGCCGGACGGGACGGUCGGGACGGGGUACAGGGACCCCCGGGGCCUGCUAGCUGUGGCUGUUAUGGAGAAGGUGCCGGUGUACAGCGCCAGAUAUCCAAUUUAGAACGUGGACUUGAUGACGUGGAGAACAAGACUUCCCACACAGAGAAGCGCCUGGCGUCUCUGGAAGGUCAGCAGCAGGAAGAGAUAGGAAGUGUGACCAACCCUGCAGUGUCCUGCAAAUACAUCAAGGACAAUGUGGACGGAGCUCAAGACGGACUGUACCACAUUCGCGGUCCGGGAGGGGUGGUGUACGAGACCUACUGUGACAUGACGAUUGCCGGCGGCGGUUGGACUCUUGUGUCCAGCGUGCACGAGAACGACAUCUACGGCAAGUGUACCGCCGGGGACCGCUGGUCCUCCACCCGGGGAAGCACCACCAACUAUCCCGAGGGGGAUGGCAACUGGGCUAACUACAACACUUUCGGCUCGGCGGCGUUGGCGACCAAUGACGACCUGAAGAACCCAGGUUACUUCAGUAUCGACGCGUCUGACGUCAUGCUAUGGCACGUGCCCAAUGACACCCCACUGUCCCAGUACAAGUCCGCCGCCUACCUGAGGUAUUACACAACUAACGGCUUCCUACAGCAGUAUGGCGGCAACAUGUACUCACUCUUCAAGGACCAUUUCCCGAUUGUGUAUAACGGUGGGACAACAGCUGACAACGGACCGGCUAUUCCCAUCACGUGGGACAGAGGCAGUAACGGGCUGAGGACAUCACUCAUCGCUCCAAAUACAGUUCCACAGGUUACCCCAGGGUUUGUACAGUUUCGUGUCUUUAACGCUGAACGUGCCCCUCUCGCUGUGUGCCCGGGAGUGAGAUACAACGGUGGAGAAUCAGAUGCUCUCUGCAUCGGAGGUGCGGCAUACUGGCCCCAAGCAGCCCCCCAGCAGUGUGGAGACUUCUCGGCCAAGGCUUGGAAUGGAUACGGAACACAUACCGGCUGGAGCAGCAGUCGGCUGGAACUGGAGUCUGCAGUUCUCUUCUUUUACCGUUAAAACGGAUAACUAGUGACAUCAAUAUUGGCAUCCGUAGUGUGAGUGAAUCUAUUUUUAGUGGCUUUUGUUUUUUCAUGGACAUUUCAUGUACUAGUUUUUUUAAGCUAUUGGUUUGAACUUAUCAAGUUUGUUCUUCCAGGAAGUUAUGUUUUCACUUUUCAGUUUCAGACCGUAGCAAAUUUUAGUUUGGCUUAGGCAUAUCAAAAAGCAUGUUGAAACUGUAAACUCAAUUACGUC